AUGGCAGCAGCACAGCAAGAGUAUGGAGUGCUUAUACAGAAAUGCACUCUUACAAAUAAAUAUGCAGUGAAGGCACUUCAGAUCAUUGCAGAAACAAAUGAUCAACAUGCCCAGGAAAUUGUAACUGCCAUAAAGGCUGAAAUAUCGAAAGAAAAAGAAGAAAAUAAAGAAGCCCUUCUCUCCUUACUAAGCUUUCUCGGACAGCACCCAUCCUACUCUUUUCUUAAGGCAUCGUACCCAGAGAAAAGAUCACUCUCUGCAGAAGAGCCAGAAAGAAAGAAGAAGCGAAAGAUAGAAGAAGUUCCAGAGAAACUUCCGGAGAAACUUCCAGAACCAGAAGAAGACACUGCAUUCCUCCCAUUUCCUCCUGAAUAUUUCCUAUUCAAAUUAGUGGAUAAAGCCACAUACACUGCAUCAUACAUCUAUUACACAGAGGGAAACACAUCCAGCAAGACAGACCCAGACGAUCUGCCAAAGUUAACCCAUGAGUAUCUGACUACUCCCCACUUAGAAAGUGCAAUCAAGCUGCUCUAUACGUCAGCCACACAGUGCAAAGUGUGCGGGAUGCGGUUUGACUCAGUUUCAGCAUACACAGCCCACGCAGAAAUGCACCAAAAGAAGUCUCACUUGGUUAGAGGCAGUGACAUACACACAUGGCAAGGAUGGCUCAUGGAACCUGUCCAAUGGACAAAGACAGAAACAAAAGUGUCUGUAAAUCUAAAGCCUUCGUUCCAGGAGAAAGUGCCAACUGUCCCAGUCAGAGGAGACAGAGACCAAAAAUGCACAAUUUGCGGAGAGGCGUUUGAAGUCAUUUGGAGCGAUGAAAGUGAGUGUUGGUCCUUUAAUGAUGCACUAAUCAUUCGUACAAUGCCCAGGGAAAUAUCUCAUAAGAGAUGCGUCUCAUGA